AUGGAACCUUGUCGAGUCGCGAUUGCUGGAUUUACGAGCAGAGUAGCGCAACUCAUCACUUCGCAUCUAUUAGAGCAACCGGAUAUCGAGAUUACAGGAAUCUGCCGGGACACCGCGAAAGUUCCUAGCCACAUUUCACAGAAUCCCUCUGUCACAUUGGUGAAAGCCGAAUACUCUGAUGUCACAAAACUUCGAACCGCCCUUAGAAAUGCAUCAGUUUGCGUGUGCUGCUAUUUUGGACCGGAAGAAUUGAUGCUGGGGGGACAACUUAUACUCAUUGAUGCUUGCAUCGCGGAGAAUGUACCACGUUAUCUUGCAUCAGACUUUUCUUUCGACUUCAGGGGACUGAAGAUAGGAGACUUUCCAUUCAAGGAUUUCCAGCUCAAGGUUGAUGAAUACUUGGCAAAGAAAGAGAGUGAAGGACGAAUCAAAUCCGUGCACAUUCUGAGUGGAGGGUUCUUCGAGGCAGUGUUUUGUCCAUUCAUGGGAACUCUUGAGGUUGAGUCCAGAAAAGUUCGUUACUGGGGUACUGGCGAGGAGCCAUGGGACAUGACGUCCAUGGAGGAUACUGCCAAGUUCACCGCAAGGGUUGUGGGUGACCAAGGCGCUACGGGUGUGUUCAACGUGCGUGGUGAGAGGCAUUCACCUAAGCAAAUCGCUGACGCAUUGGAAAUUUGUUAUGGCACUAAGUUCUCGCUUGAAAACUUAGGUACAUUGCAAGAGCUACAAGAAAAGAUGAUCUCGGCCAGAAACGCCUCGCCUGGGGACCCUGGUGCGUGGCUUGGUCUACAUUACAACUAUUACACAAUCAAUGGCUCGACCUUGUUGCGAAGUUCCGAGAAUGACAAGUACCCCGAUUUGAAGAUUGAUGAUCUCAAAUCCUUCUUUCAUCGCCAUAAACUUGAACAACUACCCACACUCUUCAGAUAG